GCCCAUCAAUAGUGCGCCCAUAUCUCAGGUGUGACACAAUGUCUGCGAAUUGAAGGUAUCAUGAGAAUAAAACCUCCAAGCGACAAUAUUCAUAUAUAUUUAUAUAUAAAUAUAUAUAUAUAUAUAUUAUAUAUAUAGGGACUUCCGAGGAUAUAUAGGAAUUGUGAGCAGUUUUGAGGGAUGAUACAUGCUUCUGGAGGAUCAUACAAAGAAAUCUUUAAAUAGCGUUAGAUAUUCUAAUCAAGUGCUGCUCACGGAUUCUCUCUCUGGACACGGCAUAAAAGGCAUGCCAACAUAGGUAUCGUACUAGUGAAUAUUUUUUUGUCUUGUCUGGCAUACAUGCCCUAACGAACAUGUCAAACCUAGACGAAGGUCAGGAUUACACCUUCCGCUCUCGUGAUUUGCAUUUAUACAAACUCUUCAAUACUGAGACGGGUACACGCGAUAAUAGAAUUCCCCCUGCUGUAACAUCGAAACGUGCAUACGAAGCUUCGCCAGCAUCAGCUUCUCACGUGAGUACUAAACUACCACGUACAUAUAACUACUCGAAUACAACACCAGUACGCACACUUAAGGAACACGACACGACACGAGAGAUAGAGCUGAGGAGAGCCAGAGAGAGGGGUAGCGACCGUAUGCCACCGUAUGUGCAAGCGGAUACAAAUGCAGAUGUAGAUAUACGCAUAAACGCACUAAGUAGUAGUAGUGAAACGGGAAUGAGGAAUGGGGAUUAUGAAGUGCAAGCUCAAGGAAACAAAGGAGUGUUUAAGGAGCCUUUCGCGCAGAUACACACAAAUACGACCACAUACAAGUACAGCAAUGCUACGGUCAGUGCACCACUAGGCUCACAGCCAAUGACUUUUUCAACAACCACUUCGCACAAAACGUCGAGACACGAGAGUCAUACAGACACGAGCACACGUGUAAGUGCUCACACGGGAAUUACGUUGACACAGGGGAGCUAUGUGGAACCUCGCCUGCAACCGUUAAAGUUUGGUAGAGACGGGCUUAACAACACACACACAGGUGUAAAGACGCUCCAAACGGCGACGAGAGAUGUGGUGCAGAAAUCUAUGGCUACUAACAUAGCAGGCGGCAGUACCGAACUGCCCAUUACUCGACCUACAAAUAGACACGAGAGUGCGUCUACGUACGCCCAUAGGCGUACGAUGGGUAAGGGCAAAGACCCGCUCUUGGAUGGGAUGGAUAAGGAGAAUGUGGGGAGUGCAGGGUCUGAUCGAAUGGCCACGAGAUACAUAGAGAGCCGUGGACAACCUUAUAUAGAUGAACAUGCAUCACCACAGACACGUACACCCACGCAAUCUGAUACAAAAUUUCAAACUCAGGUACACAAGCACACAUACUCUGUGGUUGAUCCGUCUGUAGCAAGUGCACAGGCAUACACAGAGUCAACGGGACGACAGGAUGAUAUAGUACCCUCUAUUACAGAACGUGUACGACCUCAUUUACCCCCAACGACGACUAGCAAGUAUAACAGAACCAAUAUUCGAAGUAUAGGAUAUACUGGAGAUGAGCUUCAGACUCCGCAUGCAAAGACACGACCUACUUCAUACACUCCAUCUACCAAAGAUACGCACACACACACAAACACCAACACACAUGCACAGAUACACACAGGCACGCGUACAUGUACACAUACCAAGCGUAUUCCCCGGGGGGAAAGAAUAGGCACAACCGAGCCCAAAGAUGAUGGGAAAGAGGUCAACCCGCUGCUGCACAGACUGUGCAUGCACCUGGUUGAUAGGAAACAGCGCAAGCUGAGGCGUAGAGGCUCUGUAGAAGGCACACAUACCCUCAAUAACGAACAGCGAGUGCAGGAAUUGGUAGCACAUGCGAACAGACUCCUGGAGAAGCAGGCGAGGAAGAACACCAGGCACAAGACGGGGGUUAUAGCGGGUUGUAAGGUCGCCGAUCGAAUCAAGGGUGACUUCACGAAAUGCGGGAGAAGAACGGAUGCAAGAGCCUUCGAUAACCUGUUUUCUCAACUCGUGGCCUGCCGUGAUUCGUCAUUGUCGCCGCACAUUCUGCGCUUUUUGGCAACACUUAGAGACCAAAAUCUAGACUUAAAAUCAAACAACCUAAAUAUAGAACAACAGAACCCAAAUUUGGAAGACGACCCGGUCUUGGAAGGAGAGGAAAACGUCCUCAAUCUAUCGCUACUCAGCCUCGAUGCCACUCCCUCAAACGCGAACAAGAGCUUCAGCAGAACGAAACCGGUACUUCCACCAAGUAUAUCAAGCAGCAGCAGAAGCAAAACAGUGGGAGGAGUGUCUGGAGUGCUCUCGAGGGCUAGUACAACUCAUCGAGCGCACACAUCAAUUGCGCAACAAAAUACACCGAGUAAACCUUCAGCAAAUGCCACAGAUCUGGGCGCCGCCACAACGAUACCAACAUCGCCGACCAGGAGAAGGAAGGGAAAUAAAGAUGGCUCUGAUGCCCGGGUUGGAAUUGCCAUAGAUAUGGACAGUGAUAUUGCUACAGAUACUAGACACACGCGGACCACUCACGCGGACGACAUAGAUACAGCACAUCCUAUAUAUACUCAGCAAUCGCACAUGGGGUCCAGAGGCGAUGACCAUCAGAAUAUAUAUAGUGAAGCGCACGAGCCACGGCUACUACUACCAGCACAAGCACAGGAACGGCCCACAAAUGACUAUAGAGACACACAACGGGCGCAUGAUGGUGGGAAGCGGUCGGUGCAUCUACCACAAGCGAACAAUGGGUAUGUCCACGAAGGGGAGAGGCACGGGACCCAUGGCUUACAAACUCCAGGUGAGAGUAAGGCCAACACUGAGCACAGCCAGAUACCCGGUGACGAUCACCUGAGAGAUGCCAUAUCACCUAUAACAGGACAUAAUGCGCAAGCGCGCAAGCGCGGACAAAGGAGAAGAGGAAGAAAUCCGGAGACGGAGAAUAGCAUUAUAGUUCUAGAUGAACACGACCCGAGCUUGCCCGCAAUAUCAGAGCAGGACGUGGUAAGAGAUGUGAUUUACCUACUGCAAGGGAUCGAUGGCGAGUACAUAAAGUUCGUCGACAGUAACCCGCCAGCCAUGCAACAGCACAGUGACGAUAUGAUGCAGGAUGGUACCGAUCAUUUGAUGGGAGACAGUCCGGAACCUACCACACCGUCAGUAAGUGACUUCCGGGUUGACAUCCAUGCGGCAGUAGACAAUCGCACUCGUCGCCUCAUUCGAACAAAUAUGGCUCCCGUGGGACUGUGCUUCAAAUAUCUCGAGACCUUCAUCAACUCGAAUUCGGCAACCGGUCAUAACACAGGUAUUGUAUACCGGAGCCUGGUGCACAAGGUGCAGACGACUCUGAGCACCUACUACAACCUCAUCGCUACGCUCCAAGACGAGUACGUUCAAGACUGCCAGAACAGCAACAACAACAACACCACGGCCCACGCAUCCACAGUCACGUACACCCACACGCGGCAAUUCACGCUCAAGCACUUGUAUGUGUGGUGCCACACGCCCGCGCGAGAAAUGGCGUUUUUGUGUGGCAUGGUAGAAAACAGUGCCGCAUACUCCGGAGGUACGCUUCUUUCGGCGUUGAACAAGUUCACCGACUAUGGCGAUCCGCAGCUCAAUGCACUGGCCGUGGGGUUUGUGGGGGCUUGCUCCAGCCACGUGUACUCUAUGAUGGUAGGUAGAUGUUCUAUUUUUAGAACGUUUGUCCGGGCGCUCUGA